AUGGCUGAUAACAUAAGGCGUGCCAUGCAAGAUAUCGCCCUUGGAAGUGAAGAGGCACCAGUUUCCUUACCCCUAGAGGUUGUUCGCCGAGCCGCCGAAGAGAACCGCUUCAUUCUGGUGGGGCGUGCAACAAUACCGCGCCGUCAAAACGUACGCUCAAUCAUCUCAACAAUUCCAAGAGUAUGGGGUCUCGACGGUCUACUACGAGGACGUGCUGUAGAAGGCAGACGUUUUCAGUUUGUGUUUCCUUCAGAGGAAGCAAUGGAGUCAGUACUCAGGCGUGGACCAUGGGCUUACGCUGACCGCAUGAUUGUCUUACAACGAUGGACCCCCCUAAUGGAUAUGAAUCUCUUGAACUUCAUUCCAUUUAGGAUUCAAGUGAGAGGGAUUCCGUUCCAGUUCAUGAACCAGGAGGUGAUUGUCUUCUUAGCACGUGCCAUGGGUCAAUACAUCCAGAUUGACUACAAUGAAGAAGUGGGUGGAAGAAUGGAUUUUGUAAGGAUCCGUCUCAACUGGGACAUCAAUCAACCUCUCCGCUUUCAACGCAACUUCCAGUUCACUCCAGGUGAAAACACUCUACUCAGACUGUUCCAUGAAAGGCUCAGAGGCUUCUGUGAAACCUGUGGAAUACUAACACACGACUCAGGGAGAUGUCUGAUACAAAACAGAGGACCUGAAGAAGGACCUGAUGACGGUGAUGAUGAUAGUGAUGACCAGGAGCCAGCAAACUCACCACCACAGAACCAGGGGUUCAGAUUGAAGAUAUCCAUGAUGAUCAGAUCAAUGAAGAACAGGCUGAGGGUCCUGCUGAGGACCAACAGAUCCAUGAUGAAGAACAUGAGGACAUCACUGCCGACAUGGACGAUGAGGUAUAAGUUGAUGAACUAUGGUCUGGAGAAUCGAGAUGUGCUAUGUAUUCAGACGAACUGA